ACGUCGGUCGCUUCCGGGAGAGGCCGCGUCUCCCGCGCCUUCCUCUAUCCGCCGCCGUCUCUGUGGUCCCCGGGGCCCCGCCCUUCCCCGGACUCUGCCCAGUGCUGAACUCGGGGCCGCCGGGUUCCAGAGUCCCUCGGGUCUCAGGUCAUGGCGGUCCCGGGGCCGGCACCCGGAGCUGGCUCCAGGCCGAGGUUGGAUCUGCAAUUUCUCCAUCGGUUCCUGCAGAUACUGAAGGUUUUGUUUCCUUCUUGGUCAUCACAGAAUGCCUUGAUGUUCCUGACCCUUUUGUGCCUGACCCUACUGGAGCAAUUGGUGAUCUACCAAGUUGGCUUGAUCCCCAGUCAGUACUAUGGUGUCCUGGGAAACAAAGACUUGGAAGGGUUUAAGACUCUGACAUUCCUGGCUGUCAUGUUUAUUGUUCUGAACUCCACGCUGAAGAGCUUUGAUCAGUUCACCUGCAACCUGCUGUAUGUGAGCUGGAGGAAGGACCUCACUGAGCACCUCCACUGCCUCUAUUUCCGGGGCCGUGUGUACUACACCCUCAAUGUGCUGCGGGAUGACAUCGAUAACCCGGACCAGCGCAUCAGCCAGGACGUGGAGCGAUUCUGCCGGCAGCUCAGCAGCAUGGCCAGCAAGCUGAUCGUCUCCCCAUUCACCCUCGUCUACUAUACUUACCAGUGCUUCCAAAGCACAGGCUGGCUCGGGCCUGUGAGCAUCUUUGGGUAUUUCAUCCUGGGGACCGUGGUGAACAAAACUUUGAUGGGCCCCAUUGUGACGAAGCUGGUGCAUCAGGAGAAGCUGGAGGGAGAUUUUAGGUUCAAGCACAUGCAGAUUCGGGUGAAUGCGGAGCCUGCUGCUUUCUACAGAGCUGGGCAUGUGGAGCACAUGAGGACAGACCGCAGGCUGCAGAGACUCCUUCAGACCCAGAGGGAGCUGAUGUCCAAGGAGCUCUGGCUGUACAUCGGCAUCAACACCUUUGACUAUCUGGGCAGCAUCCUGAGUUACGUUGUCAUCGCAAUCCCCAUUUUCAGCGGGGUCUAUGGAGACCUGAGUCCUGCAGAGCUUAGCACCCUGGUCAGCAAGAAUGCCUUUGUGUGCAUCUACCUCAUCAGCUGCUUCACCCAGCUCAUCGACCUGUCCACGACGCUCUCAGAUGUGGCUGGCUACACGCACAGGAUUGGGCAACUUCGGGAGACGCUGCUGGACAUGUCCCUGAAGUCGCAGGACUGUGAGAUCCUAGGCGAGAGCGAGUGGGGCUUGGACAAAGCCUCAGGGUGGCCAGCGGCAGAGCCAGCAGACACAGCAUUUCUCCUUGAGCGGGUCUCCAUCUCUGCCCCCUCCUCUGACAAACCCCUAAUCAAGGAUCUGAGCCUAAAGAUCUCCGAGGGACAGAGCCUGCUCAUCACAGGCAACACGGGCACUGGCAAGACCUCCUUGCUCCGGGUUCUGGGCGGCCUCUGGACAAGUACACGGGGCUCAGUGCAGAUGCUGACGGACUUUGGGCCCCAUGGGGUGCUAUUCCUGCCACAAAAGCCAUUCUUCACUGACGGGACCCUUCGGGAGCAGGCUGGUGUGGUUUUUUUCUUUUCUCAGGUGAUAUAUCCCCUGAAGGAGGUCUACCCCGACUCAGGUUCUGCUGAUGAUGAGAGGAUCUUGAGGUUCUUGGAAUUGGCAGGCCUGUCCAACUUGGUGGCAAGGACAGAGGGUCUGGACCAGCAGGUGGACUGGAACUGGUAUGAUGUUCUGUCCCCAGGGGAGAUGCAACGGCUCUCCUUUGCCCGACUCUUCUACCUGCAACCGAAGUACGCAGUGCUUGAUGAAGCCACCAGUGCCCUGACAGAGGAGGUGGAGAACGAGCUCUAUCGCAUCGGCCAGCAGCUGGGGAUGACGUUCAUCAGUGUGGGACAUCGGCAGAGCCUUGAGAAGUUUCAUUCCUUCGUUCUGAAACUCUGUGGAGGAGGAAGAUGGGAGCUGAUGAGAAUCAAAGUGGAAUGAAGCUCCAGCUUUUAGAAGGAGAGCCACACUCUGGAGGGUCGGCAGCCCUCAGGAGUGACCAGAAGGACUGACGGGGAAGAUCGAGCUCAGGUUCGCCACAUAGGUCCUGUGCAGGAGCCCUGGCGGUGUUGGGCUGAGCCCGGGUCUGGAUUUCUGUGGGGGACACUGAGUCUCCCAGUGUUCAGUCUCCCAGGACUCUGCUGCCUCAGCCAGAGCCUCCAUAUGCUUGAAGUGUUGAUUACCUACAAAUGAUUUCAGAUCGUGUUUGCUAAAGAGAAAUCUGGAAGUGUGAGAUCUAUAAGAAAUGAAAGGUCAGGGUGGAAAGAGAUCUCUUGGAGUCAAGAGAUCUGGAAAUCUUUUAAUCAGUUAUAUUGUGCAGCAAUAGAUUUUUAACUUUAACUGACCAUUUAAGUUUUUUUAAUAAGUUUUUUACAAAGAAAAGUUAAACAUUAAAAAGAGUUACAGCUUUCUGUCUUCUCUAUCA